AUGCAGUCGAGUGUUUCAUUGGAAGAUGGAUUUUAUUCCUUCUGGAAAUCUCUUGGACCUAAGCCUCCUACCACUCUUCGAUGCUUCGAAAGAGGGGAGAUAAUGACGCUUCAUGAUUCUGAUGCUAUUCUUGUGGCUACAGAUUACUACAGAAAUCCGUCCCUCGUAAAGCGGUUUUCCAGGGGGAAGUCAAGCCUGUCGUAUGUCACUGUCAAAAAACAAAACACUGACUUUUUGAGACAUUUUCUUCUAAAGAGGCAAUAUCGCAUCGAAAUAUAUUGUUCCACAUCCAAAUGUGGGAGAGAUAAUGAGUGGAGCCUUAAGUUGAAGGCUUCUCCUGGGAACUUGGGUUCAGUAGAAGAUCUCCUUACAUCCACAUCAGAUUCAGUUGAAGCUUGUGGACUCAGUGCAGUAAAUGUAAAGCAACUAAACGAACGAAUACAUGUGUGCCUAGCGUUUUGUGAAACUGAAAGUCGGAAGUUUCUUGUUGGUGAAUUCAUGGACUCAGUGCACCUAGCGAACUUGGAAACUGCUCUUGUUCAACUUAAAACAAGAGAAUGCCUUGUCCCUACCGGACUGCUUUCACAUCCAGAUAUUUCGAAAUCUGAUGUCACACCUUUGGGCAAUGCUAUUUCGGAACACGUCAGUUUUAUCUUUGAAAAAACUGGGAUUUUACCUACUGAGGUAAAAAAGUCUGAAUUCUCGCACACAAUUAAACCACAAGACUUGAUCUAUUUCCUGCGAUCUGAAAAAGAAAACUCAAAUGGCUCUUUGCUCUACGAGAAAGGUAAUCUGUUUUUGAAUGCUAUUCAGUCAGAUGCUACUAUUAUACCCACCGGAAAGCAAAGAUAA